GAUAACAUGUCCAUUUUACCCUCAACCAUGUUUCCAGGUGUAGUUGACCGGUACAAAGCGCAAGCAAUUUGUCUAUUGCUGUUGUUCAUGUGGACAACCAUGACGACUGUAUGGAAAUUUCUGGAUGGUGGUCAGAGGAAUAAAAUCCAGGUUCCCAUGCCCAAACCCAAUUCACAGACAACACGCAUUCGAACAAAUUCAUCAUCCACAAUUUCAGUGCAUGACAUGGGAAUCAGUGAGGAGGAGUGGGAUAGACUACAGAAGGCUUUUUACUGGCCUACUUCAGAUCAAGAAAUCACUGAGCUGAAUCAGAGCACAAGUCCAUUUCACACAACAUUCUCUAUUGUGGGACUCAAUGAAAAUUACAAAGUUGGAGAAAAGAUUCAUGUUAUUAUCACGGCUAGAGAUCACAACAACAACUUAAAAUCAUAUGGAGGUGAUUUUUUUCAAGCAAAGCUUUUCAAUUUAAACUUGAAGGCAGGUGUGUUGGGGAAAGUUGUUGAUCAUCGCAAUGGGAUGUACACUGUUGAUCUUCUGCUACCCUGGGAAGGUCAAGCACAAGUGUCUGUGCGACUGAUCCACUCCAGUGAAGUUGUGCGGUUUCUUAAAAAAUACAGGGAGUCUUCAUUCCCACGCAGGCACUAUAAUGGUUACUUUGAAGGACCAGGACCUGAUGGAGUCAUGAUAAGUGAGAAAGUGGAAUGUAAUCUUAAAUGGGGCCCAGACGGAAGUUGGAUUAAAGGCAAAUGCUGCUGUGAAUAUAAGGAUGUAAAAACAGGAACGGUAUGGCAAUGUGAGACACCAAAGAAACUUUCCUGUGACUACUGGGUGUAUCAUGAACAGGGAGAAGUCGAAAGUCCAUUGACACCUUUUGAGAAGCAACUCAUUUCAGGGAAAUACACAAAUGUUCAGAUUCCUGGAGACACUCAAAUCAUUAACGUUCUUCCCAGUACUGCAGUCAUGGGCACAACAGAAAGAUGCAGAGCUGGUUUAACUACACCAGUUCCUGUAGGGUUUUAUUUUGGAGAUGUCUGGAAGUCCCUUGUAUGUAACACUCAACGUUUUAGUCCACCACAAAUGACAAAUUGUCUCAAACAAAAGAUCCUUUACCUCAAUGGAGACUCCACCACAAGGCAGUGGUUUGAGUUUUUUCAAAGUAAAGUGCCAGAUCUGAAAACAAUUAAUCUUCAUGUUGAUUCCAAAAAUGGCCCCUUGAUGGCUGUGGAAUUGAAAAAUAAUAUCAUUAUUCACUGGAGGCCACAUGGUUUGCCUUUGCAAUUUCGUAAAAUGCCAGCUGCCGAUGUGCAUUAUCUCAGCAAUGAAAUUGAUUAUAUAACAGGUGGUCCUCAUGUGGUUCUUGUCUUCACAAUAUUUGCCCACCUGGAUUUUCAUCCAAUGACGUUUUUUAUAAAUAAAGUGGCUAGAGUUCGUCAAGCUGUAAUUGAGCUACUGAAGCGUGCACCACAGACCACUGUCAUUAUCAAGUCUGGCAACACCGGAUACAAGAAUGAAUUUUUAAGUGAUUGGUACAGUAUGCAGUUGAACACAGUAAUGAAGGAGAUGUUCAGUGAUGUUAAGGGAGUGAUCUACUUGGACGUCUGGCAGAUGACAUCAUGUCAUUAUGCACAUGAAUUCAUUCAUCCAACUGGUAUUAUCAUUGCCAAUGAAAUUGAUCUGUUGCUCUCAUAUAUCUGUCCUGUUUGACACACACAAAUUUAGUCUGCAGUAUGCCACAAUGCAUAACACAAUGAUCCAUUACAACUAUGCAAAAAAGCUGUGAUAUAAUGUCAAAAUAAUAGUGUAAACAUUUAAACAAGGUGAUUCGAGUAAGUUGUUAUUAUUUUGUUUAAAGAUCCUAUUCAUUUAUGCAUUUUUGUAAAAUAGCAGUACUGAAUGGGACCGUAUUAAAUAAAAAAUGUAAUAUUUAUAAUUUACCAUUUUUAUAAGGACCAGAAAUUCAGUCUGUGUAGAAAUGUAUUGAAAGCAUCAAACUUUAUUAAUUUAUUCAUCUACAUCUCCAGCAUCUUUCUGUGUUGAUACAAUUGCAGCCUGUGAUCAUGCACUGACUACAAAAGUCUUUAAACCCUUUUGUUUGUGUUGUUCUUUGGACAGAACUGUUUUCUCAUCAGAGUUUAAAAGUUUUAACAGAUUGAAUACUCUAAUUCUCAUUUAUCUGUUGAAAGUCUCUCUGAACAGAAGACUUUAAACAUGUUAUCUCUGUUAGUA